AAAUAAUAUCUGGUAAAAGUAAUAAAAAUCACCAUGGCAAAGCAACAAGAUAAUCGCAACGCGGUGAUUGUGUUGAGCAUAUUUGUGUUGGUUAUAUCGGUGUAUUUUCUACCCGUAUGGCACAUGUAUGCCAGUGUUUUUCACCAUAAUGAUGAUGUCGAUCGGGACACUGCACAAAUCAUUGAGUCACGUGGCUUUCUGGCAGAGAACCAUUACAUAACCACCAAGGAUGGUUACAUACUGACAGUGACCAGGAUCAUUAACCCGCACGUGACCGAUCGAGCUGGUUUACGGCCCAUAUUAUUACAACACGGUUUCCAGAAUAACGCUAACGUUUGGCUGAUUAACUCGUGGGGCGAACUCACCGGCGAUGGCGAGUGGGUUGAGGACAACAACGACGGCCCGGUAGGCAAUACAUUAGGGUUUGUGUUGGCAGUGAACGGGUAUGACGUAUGGCUGGCCAAUAUGCGGGGUAAUAUGUACUCGCUCAAUCACACCCAGCACUCUAGUAGCGACCCCGAGUUCUGGAGUUUCUCCAUAGACGAGAUGGUAGAUUACGAUUUACCCGCAAUGAUAGCGUAUAUACAACGGGAGACUAAUAAAGAGCAAUUGUCAUACAUCGGUCACUCACAGGGCACCUACAUGAUGUUUGGCUUGUUGGCCACCCAGCCACAUUACUCCAACGUAAUCAAACCAUUCAUAGCGUUAUCACCGGUGCCCUUUAUGGGCAACUCUACCUCGCCGCUAGUUCGUUAUGAGCAAUUGUCAUACAUCGGUCACUCGCAGGGCACCUACAUGAUGUUUGGCUUGUUGGCCACCCAGCCACAUUACUCCAACGUGAUUAAACCAUUCAUAGCGUUAUCACCGACCCGUACGGGCGUAUACAUCGCGAACCUGCCGUCGGGCUCCAGCAGUUGGAAUGCCGCCCAUUUAUUACAGAUAGUGUCGUCCAAUCGGCCCGAGCGCUACGAUUACGGCGAUCCGGACACUAAUCUGGCCCGACAUGAGAGCCCUGAGCCGCCACCGUAUGACUUGUCGGCCAUCAACUCAACACAUGUGGCCCUCAUAUAUACGGCCAACGAUUGGCUCAAUCAUGUGGAUGACGUGCAACGGCUCAAAGAGCAUUUAAAAGUUAAAUUAUUAGAUGACUAUCAAGUGCCGGAUGAGACUUGGAAUCAUAUGGAGCUGGUGUGGGCACUGGAAACGGGACACCAUACGUCAUACCCGUUCACCGCCAGCACAAACCCCAAUGUAUUGCCUACUGGGCUGUCGUUGUUGCCCUCAACCCACUGGCCGUCUCGCGCAGAAAUCAUAAAAUCACGUGGCUUUCGGGCCGAAAACCACUACAUAACCACCGAGGACGAUUACAUACUGACAGUGACCAGGAUCAUUAACCCGCACGUUCGCGAUCGCGCUGGUUUACGACCCGUGUUAUUACAACAUAGUUUUGGAAAUAGCGCUAACGUAUGGCUAAUUAACUCGUGCGGCGAACUCACGCGAGACGGCCAGUGGGUUGAGGGCAACAACGACAGCCCAGUAGGCAAUACAUUGGGGUUUGUGCUGGCGGUGAACGGGUAUGACGUAUGGCUGGCCAAUUCACGGGGUAAUAUAUACUCGAUCAAUCACACCUAUUAUGAUAGUGGUGGU